ACGGUGACACCUCUGGACACGGUGACACCAGACAUGGUGACACCUCUGGACACGGUGACACCUCUGGACACGGUGACACCCCCGGACACGGUGACACCCCCGGACACGGUGACACCUCUGGACACGGUGACACCGCCGGACACGGUGACACUGGACACUGUGACACCCCUGGACACGGUGACACCCCCGGACACGGUGACACCUCUGGACACGGUGACACCCCCGGACACGGUGACACCCCCGGACACGGUGACACUGGUGGACAUGGUGACACCGCCGGACACGGUGACACGGCCAGCACAGGCUCCGCCCACCUUUAACCCGGGAGAGGGGGGGGAGGGGCUGGAAUUUCCCUCCCCUCCCCCCCCAGGAAGGUUUUUCCAGGGAAUUCCCGAAUUCCCGGACAGAUGCACUUUGUUGGGAAUUCCCAAAUUUUUUUCUUUUUCCCGGAAAAAAAAAUUUCCCAAAAUUCCUAUAAAUAUGUACGUACGCCCCUCCCCCACCCUGUAAAUAGCCCCUCCCCCCUCCGGCCGACAAUCGGGGGCGGCACCCCCAAAAUCCCUGGAUUUCACCCCAAAAAUUCUGGGAUUUCACCCCAAAAAUUCUGGGAUUUCACCCCAAAAAUCCCGGGAUUUCACCCCAAAAAUUCUGGGAUUUCACCCCCAAAAAUUCCGGGAUUUCACCCCAAAAAUUCUGGGAUUUCACCCCAAAAAUUCCGUGAUUUCCACCCAAAAUCCCAGGAUUUCACCCCAAAAAUUCUGGGAUUUCACCCCAAAAAUCCUGGGAAUU